AUGGAGGGCUCGGACACGGGAAAUGAUAGGGCUAGGGGUCAAUCCUCUCUUGGCACUGCCCACUCCAUUGAAACAUCGAUGGCACCCGCAUCCGCAUUUGCGCAACCUGCCUCAGCGGAUGAGAGGGUCGUUUCUGAAACUGCGCUUGAUCCCGUCGCAAUAGCGCCGACAGACGACUCCCCGAUUUCCGGGUCGACAGCAAACGCGAACGCAAGUUCUGGCCAUCCAAAGGGGGUCGACGAGAGCAUGCCCGGAUGCAUACAGGGUCUACAAAAAUGCCGCAUGGGCUUAGAGGAAUGGUCAGAUCAUCUGGAGAGGAAGGAGAUUCAAAGGCGUCAGCGUAGGAGGAGGGCGAGGAGAGGCAGCUUCGAGACCGGCUCCGUUUCAGACCUGGAACAAGGAAGGCUUCGUGAUCAAGCUAGGAGUGUCACUGUCGAAGGCUCAAAUCCUGUUCAGCAAGAAGCGCCAAAUACCGGCAAGGCCACACUGCCGAGUGAGCCAGGAUAUGGAAGGACGGAUCACAUCGUUGUGAGGAAGGGCAUGGUACCUAUGGUCUUCAUCAUCAUUGCUUGGGUCUACCUUGGUGAGCAGUUCAAGCUUCAACGCGUUCCACUUGGCUGCUGACAUGUUUAAAAAUUCUGCUUGCUCGCUCACAGUACACGUCUGGAGGCUGUGCGCUCCAGCCAUUCGUCAGACCGAUCAAGCAUUGACAAGUCGAGCUACAGGAGGUGCGUUGCUCGCGCUGCAGGUCAUGCGCACGGCGGUCUGACCACUGGAUCCGACCUUGUGUCUUUCUAAUCCAGGCGGCUUGCUUGCGGCACAGACGAUUCUCAUGCUAAUGAGUGAGUCGAAUGAUCGUCUUGUGCAAGGCUUCCCCUCGUCUCACUUAGUCUGACACUUUACCGCCCCUCAUCUCCCCCUGCAGCACUGUGGACUUACCUCAAAGCGAUGCUCACACCGCCAGGCUACGUGAGAGAUCAUGUAGGUGUCUCGGACUGUCCUCCACCCGCCGCAGACGAGUAUUACUACGAUGCCCCGUGGGUGCCAACGCCCCAACCAGCGACCUAUGGAGCGGAGCGAGCGGCAACAAAUCCAUCUGGCGAUGACGACCCACACGACGGAGGUGCUUCUGCGCCCGGCGAAGAGGACAUACCAGUCGAUCCUAGCUUGCCCGCCAUUGUGGGUCCGAUGGCGGCGAGCGCUAUCGCAGCCUCGCGCAUAGAAGACCCAACAAUGACAAAGCUCGAACAUCCUGUUUCGCCACGCAAUGCGCCAGUAGCACAAGCUCCAGCCGGCAAUUCUUCGACGCUCCCACCUACAGGGCUGAUUCCCCGGCCUGUACGCAUGCCACCGGCAAGGCCCAUUCUUGCGCCUGUCAAUCGCUAUUGCCAUAGGUGUUGCAGGGUCAGGCCACCCAGAGCUCAUCAUUGCAGGAGGUGCGGAACAUGCGUGCUGAAGAUGGACCAUCAUUGUCCUUGGGUUGGAGGCUGCGGUGAGUGUCGGGUCUACGCAACGAGGUCUGCGGUGCCGUGAUGCAUUCGCAGACGGCUGAAAGGGUGCACGCCUUGCCCUGCGAUCAUUUGCAGUGGGCGCAAGAAACAUCAAAUUCUUUUACAGUGAGCACGCCCAGCACAAGGAGGUGACAUCGUGCCGUCAAAGGGCAAUCUGACUCCACAUUCUGUCCUCUCUUGCGGCAGACUUCGUCACCUGGGUCACCAUGUGGGAGAUUUUCAUGAUCGUUAGCGGAGCUGUUCUGUUCUCGAGAGGUGUGGCAGGUCAAGACGUUACAGAUUCACCCUAUCGAGACUGGAGAGUGGACGGCUUUGUCAUCAGCAUGUUUGUUCUGUAAGUUCGCGUGUCCAGUCUGCGGGCAAUACGACUGAUUGUAUUCAAUCACUAGCUCUGACCUCUGUAUGGCCCGCCUCAGCUGCGGCAUGUUUUUCCUCUUCACCGGAUCGCUUUUUGCAACGCACACAUACAUGUACACCAUCAACAGCACAACUCUAGAACACAUGGCAUUUGAGAGGCACAAAGCGACAGAGGCGGCCUUGCUCGACGCCUACUUUUCCGAUCGAGGUCAAGGUGGCAAAGGCUGGCACCUCAAGGAGAAGCACGAGAUCAGGCAGGAAUGGAAUAGCCUGUGGGGGAGAGUAAAAAAGGAAGGCAACCUCUGGUGGCUUGAUGGCGCAUCACAUGCUCAUCAAAGUGAUGCGAGCGGAGCGGAAAAGAAGCAGACGUUCAGCACAGCUGCGAGAGAAGCCUCUCCUGCAUGGACAAACUUUAAGCAGGUCAUAGGCGAUGAGUGGUACGGCUGGCUUCGUGAGUUGCGAGUAUGCUAGCACCGCACAGCUCUGUGGACGAUUGAGCUAAUGCACCACUCCACUGCCCACUUCCUUUCACUCGAUGCCUCUGCCCUCAAAGUCCCGAUCGGCAAAUCUCCAUCGGAUGGGCGCGCCUUUCCUCAAAACCCCAGACACAGCGCUCUAGGGGUAUGGAGACCUAGGCGCCUAUGGCCCAAUGAUUGCAAAUAG